AUGACAGGAAACUUGUUCAAUAAUAAUCAACAAAACAACAAGACUCUAACACUAAUCGAAUUACUUGAUGAAUCUCAACCAUAUCAAGAACUCAGGCGUCUUCAAGAUGUUGAAUUAUCAGAAUUAAAUGAUAAAGAUGAAAUACUUGCAAGAAUACAAGGGUCUCUCGUUGGUCUUGCGAUUGGUGAUGCUCUUGGAGCAUCGGUUGAAUUUCGUCCACAUUCCUAUAUGCUACACAAUCCUGUGUCAGAUAUGCAAAAUGGCGGUACAUGGGGUAUAAAAGCUGGUCAAUGGACUGAUGAUACAUCAAUGGCACUUUGUCUAGCUGCUAGUCUUAUUAGCAAAGAAGGUUUUGAUGGUUAUGAUCAAUUAUUACGAUACAAAUGGUGGUAUAGAAAAGGAUAUAUGUCUUCGACAGGCACAUGUUUUGAUAUUGGAGCUUCAACAUGUCAAGCAAUCAAUGAAUUUGAAAAACGUCAACAUCAAAGUGCACAAUUAUUACGAGCAAAAGGAGGCAUAACUAUACCAGAAGAUUCUUUGGACAAAAUAAUUGGAGAGAAAAUUUCUCAAGUUAAAUUUAAUACAGAAUGUGGCGCGAAAAAUGCUGCUGGUAAUGGAGCACUUAUGCGUUUAGCACCAAUACCUUUAUUUUAUUAUCGAUCAGUAUCGGAUGCUAUACAGAACGCUGCUAAUAGUGCAAUACUUACACAUGGUGAUAAGAAAGCAAUUGAUACUUGUCGAUUUUAUGCUGCACUUAUUUGGAAUGCUAUAAAUGGUGUAGCUAAAAAUGAUCUUUUAGCUUCUGAAUUCUAUCGUAAACAUUUUAAGACAGAUUUUGAUCAAGAUCUUAUGAAAGUUAUUAAUGGUUCAUACAGAGAUAAAAAAAAUGGAUAUAAAGAUGGUAUUCGUGGUAAAGGUUAUAUAUUAAAUGCACUUGAAGCUGCUUUAUGGGCAUUUUAUAAUGAUGGAGGUUCUUUUGAAAAAGGUGUUCUUUUAGCUGUAAAUUUAGGUGAUGAUACUGAUACAACAGCAGCUAUCUAUGGACAACUUGCUGGUGCUUGCUAUGGUAUCGAAGGAAUUCCACAACGUUGGCGUGAUAAAUUAUUUCAAAAAGACUUUAUUAUUAUAUUAGCUAAUGGACUGUAUCUUAAAGGAAAGACUCGUUAUCCACACAAACGAAAAUCAAUUGUUAUAAAGGAUAACAAAGAAGAUAUUAAUCCGAAAAAAAAAAGAAUUGGACCUCAACAAACGAACACAUCAUAUCAUUAA